AUGUCGAUCUGUGGGAGAAACUCUCACCAUGCCAGGCCCACUGACUUUGACUUCUUGGCUGUCAUUGGCAAAGGGACCUUUGGAAAGGUCCUGCUCGCUAAGCACACUGACAGCAAAUUCUAUGCCGUCAAAGUCCUGCAGAAGAAAAUCAUCCUGAAGAAAAAAGAGCAAAAGAACAUCAUGGCAGAGAGAAACGUGCUGCUGAAGAGCCUCCACAACCCGUUUCUGGUUCGGCUCCACUACUCCUCUUCAGACUGCAGAAAACCUCUACUUGUCCUGGACUACUUGUUCUUCCACUUGCAGAGAGAGAGGUGUUUCUCAGAGCCCAGAGCGAGAUUCUACACGGCUGAGGUGGCGAGCGCCAUCGGCUACCUUCACUCUCUCAACAUUGUUUACAGAGAUCUGAAGCCAGAGAAUAUACUUUUAGACUGCCAGGGCCAUGUGGUGUUGACAGAUUUUGGGCUGUGUAAAGAGGGCGUGGAGCCUGAAGGAACCACCUCCACAUUCUGUGGCACUCCAGAAUACUUGGCGCCAGAGAUUCUUCGCAAGGAAGCCUAUGACAGGACGGUGGACUGGUGGUGCCUGGGAGCAGUACUCUAUGAGAUGCUCUUCAGCCUGCCUCCUUUCUACAGCCGUGAUGUCGCUGAAAUGUACGAUGGGAUCCUUCACAAGCCGCUGCCGCUGCCUCCGGGGAAGUCUGAGGCCGCCAGCUCUCUGCUGAUUGGUCUUCUCCAGAAGGAUCAGCACAGACGACUUGGAGCCAUCGCUGACUUUCUGGAAAUAAAGAACCACCUUUUCUCUCUGAUCAACUGGGACGACCUUUACCACAAGAGAAUCGCUCCUCCUUAUAAUCCUAAUGUGAGGGGCCCAGCUGACCUUCAACAUAUUGAUCCUGAGUUCACCAGAGAAAUGGUUCCUAAUUCGGUGGGUCGGACCCCAGAGUUCAAUCCUGGCACCAGCUCCAGCAACGCCUUUAACGGGUUCUCCUUUGUCGGUACUGAGGAUGGCUUUCUGUGAGAUCCAGGGGCGAAUCACAGAAUUAAACUGUUUAAAUCUCAAUCUCAAAGAAAUCUCAAUUACAUUUUUUUUUCACAAAGAUAAGUGUUCCUCAUGUAACGCUGCAGGAAUCCCACAUGGCAUCAAUCGUAUUUGACUGCUGCAGUGAACUGAGCAUGUAGCAGAAAGGGCAUUUCUGCAAUGGAGACACUGAUGAAGUUUGAAAUAUGUAAAAUUUAUUGCCUGGAGCUCCUGUGUUUAGGAUAUCCAUGCAGUUGGAGCAUCCUUAAAAUGCAAUGUGGAGUCUUUAUUUCAUUUAUUUGUUGAGAAAUGAAGAACACAUGAGCCUGGAUAGACACAAAACAUUCAUUUCUUUACUUUUGUUUUUUUAUAAAUACACAGGCUUUAGCAUGUUGUGCCUGCACAAAACACUGUCUUUGUGUGCACAUCAAGACUUAGUGUUGCCUCUCACUGUUCCCGUUUUUAUAGAAACUAGAUCCUAAUGAACAUUUGUUUAUGUCAAGCCGUUAUAAUAAUCAUGGAGCUCAACACUGAGUUGAAACAGGAAUAAUAUCUAAAAAAUUACAAGAACAAAUUAAAAUAAAUAAAUAAAUAAAAAAUUAAGAGAAGGGAGGAUCGACUGGGUAGCGGUUAGCAUCGCUGCCUCACAGCAAGAAGGUCCCGGGUUUUGAAUCUGGAGCCUUUCUCUGUGGAGUCUGCAUGUUUUUUCUGUGUGUGCGUGGGUUUUCUCCAGGUACUCCGGUUUUCUCCCACAGUCCAAAGACAUGCAUUUAGAGGGGUUGGGUUAAUUGGUGAUUCUAAAUUGCCUGUAGGAGUGAAUGAAAAGGAUAAGCAGAAGAAAAUGGAUGGAAUAAAAAAAAGUUUUCUUAUACAUAACCAGCUAGAUAGCAAAAAUUCUAGUGUGCUAACUCUGCAGUGCUUUUCUUUUUUUUUUAGCAUCAGUUAUCAGUCACACUUUGUCACAUUAGCAUGUUUUAUAGUGCUAAAGUGACUAGCAGCCUUUGUUUUUAUCUGUUUUUCAGAGGGUGCUACUGAUCAUCUUGUGCAACAUGUUUCUCCUUAAAGACCAAAAGAAAAUCUUUGACCAAAUAACCAAAGAAGGUGAAAAAAAAUGCUUGAAGGUAAUGCCAGCUGUGCUGCCCACAGUGAUAAAACACUGUGGGCAUCACAGCUGGGUCGAAACACUGCCUACUAGUUGUUGCAGCAGUGGUCUUGGCUGUAAAUGUGCUAAAUGUCCACACUGAUUUGCUUAUGAUGCAUUGAUGUUAAAAUACUCCAUGUAGUAGCUUUUUAAACUUCAGUCAGCUACACUGCUGUGUGCACAUUAUGGUUGGUUUAUGAUCUGGUGUAUAUACAGUAGUCAUGUGGAAAGUAUUCACAUUUUUAUUUUGUCUAGAUUAUUUUAGUCUGUAGAUAGUUGAUUAGUUUCGUUGGAUUAUUUAGCAGGUUAAAAGUUCAUGUUGUUGUGGAAAUACUGUAUCGAGUAUCUGUAAAUAUACAGUAGCAGCUUUGCAGCAGGAUUAUACAGUACUACUGUCAUUAUAUCAGUGUAAACUGUAAAGUGCCUCUCUGACUUGGGAGUGAAGUUGGUGGUGGAUGGUGCUUGAUGAUUUUGCAGUUAUGGUGAUACAGUUAAAAAUGUACACCCAAUAAAAUGUCCUUUUUUUUUGUUUUUCUAAUUCCAUUCACAAAUGCCUGAAGUCUUGUUUGUAUAGCUAUUCUUGUUUCUGAACAUACUAUAGCAUGCUGAUAUUUACCUCCUUAAAACUUGUUCAUUUUAUUCAAACACUUCAUCUUCACAAAUGGUGUCUAAGAUGCUUUACUGUGAAACCAAAUACACUGAUCUACCCACUUGAUUUGUGGGGUGACAGCUGUAAUUUCUUCCUUCAGAUGGUCUAUUGAUCCUAGGAGUCAAAUUCUGCUCUGACCUUUAAAGCAGUAAGCAUGUGCUCCGAGCUGCCGUUCACCAUCUGAUCCUGUAAACAGUUGCUGUCGAGGUCACGCUGCCAGCAGCGGCAUCACACAUGACUGAAGCCAACUUUAGCGAAAAUCCGUGUGUGUGUGUGUGUGUGUGGGGGGGGGGGUGUAAAUAGAAAAUGUGUUAAUAACUCAGAUAUAUACCAAAAUAUUUACAUGUUCUUUUGCCUACAUCAUUAAAUGUGACAAAACUCUGUUUUUGGUAACUCACUUCAGUUACUGACUGACUUGUAAAGCUCUCAAAAAUCACAAAACUCUGCUGAGAUGACAAGAUUUUUAUGUUUGUUAGCCACUUAUAUACUAUAGACUGAUCUGGAGAUUAAAAUGGGAUUAAAUUCUUAAAAAGGACAGGCGACUACAAGUUCAGUGGACCAACAUGUCUCAUAACUUGAGGAGAAAUUCCUCUUUAGUACAAACUGGGAACUGUUUUCAUUGUUUUGUAUUUUUACUGACUGGUUUCUCUUAAUAUGUGUGAUAGAUAUUGCUAGUGGUGGGAAAAUUAGUCAACAAUUUUGUGAAAAAGAACUGAACUUCUCACUCUAAUUUAACAACUAUAGUUACAUAAUGUUUUGUAUAUUUUAAUGGUUUUUUUUGUCAUACGAAACACAAUCAUCUUGAUACGUUGUUCUCUAAAUAAAAAUACACCCCUAUGAGUCAUCUGAAUUUUAGUCCUUAAACUUAAGUCUUCUUACAAAGACAGCUGCUUUAAACAGGCUGUGUAAAAUGAAGACAUGUCUGAAUAUAUGCACAGAAUUGCACAUAAUUCAAUUCAAUUGGAUUUAUAUAGUGCCAAAUCACAACCGUGACCUCAAUGUGCUUUAUGUUUUAAGGUAAAAACCCUACAAUCAAACGACCCCCUAUGAGCAAGCACUUGGUGACAGUGGGAAGGAAAAACUCCCUUUUAACAGGAAGAAGUCUCUGACAGAACCAGGCUAUGGACAGUUUGCUGUACUGAGUUUGUGUAUUGGUGCUACCAUAUGUCAGCAAACUGUAUUCGUCUGUAAGAUAGCUUCAUGGGGAUUUGCUGAAUCCAGAAGAAAAAAACAGUGAGCAGGUAGUGGUGCUGUUUUAUGCAGCACAUAAGGGAGAAAAGUUAAAUUUUUUUAAUGCACAGUUUGGACAUGAUUUGUAAUUUUGCUCUCUUUGGAAUCAGAAUAUAAUCAUUUCAGAUUAUUUUUCCAUGCAAUAAUUUAAAAUCCCAUAUCUCUUACUGCUGGUAAACUUUAUUUUGGUAUAAGUAAAUACAACAUCACUUCUU